AAGGUUUAUAAAAGAUUUACUUACAGCACAGAAAUGCAAAUGAAUAGGACUUGGUGUUGUGUUUAUAAUUUACUAAGUUUUAAAUAUGUGUUUAUGAUAUGAAUACACUGUUGAGGUAAAGAAUCGUAGCAACAAAAUAACAGACACGUUCAUAAGAUAUUUUUUUUUACAUCUAUGGCACAUCUGUCUUCACGAACUGUCAAAUAUAGACAAAAUGUCCGUUUCUAAAGAUGAAAAUGCUGAAGAAACGGGAAAAGUCCUCAAUAAUUGUGCAUAUGUAGAGCAAGACAAAACUGACCAAUACGCUUUUAACCAAAGCCAUUCACUAGACAAAAAAGUUAUAAAAAGCACUAAGACAACAGAUGGUGUUACAGGAUCAAUGACAGUAGAUGAAAAGAGGAAAGAGGAUGUUUCAAAAGCAUCAAAAGUAGUGAGUUCAAAGACAAAGGAUUUAAAAAACACAUCUGAGAGAGGUACACCAGAAAAAAGUGAACAUUUACAUCCAAAGGAAAGUGAAGAUGAGACGACGAUUAAGAAAUCAAAACAAGCCACCAAGCAGGCAUCAAAAGAUUCUGAUACCAAAAACAUGCCACAAUCGAAGAAACACACACCAAUGUCAAAUGUGAAAAUAAAAAGAUCCGGACAAAAUAUUACGCGCCAGCCGCCAGAAAUUAGUCGCAAAGAUAUAUCCAAAACAAAGACUAAACUAUCAAUGUCCCGUAUAACAGAUGAAAAAUUUAAACCGACUGUUGUGCGAUCAUCGAUAGAUUCUGAUAGCAAGCUUAUAUCUAAAUCAAAGUUCAAAGAUUCAAACGCAAAUUUGAAGAGAGACAACCUAGGAUCAAACACAUCCCUUACAGUAAAUCAUAUAAAAGAUAGAAUUAAAACUAAGCAUAUUGAAUCAAAGUUAAAGGAAAGGGGAGAUAACACGGACUUGCAUAUGUCGGAACCUUCUGCAACUAUUGACACGACUAUAACACCUGAAACACGAACCCAUAGGCCAGUAUCUUAUAUGAAAAUGGAUAAAACUGCACCAAAAUUAUCACAACAAGAUAGCCAUCAUUCAAAUUUAAAAAUAAAACAUAUAUCUAAACCAAGAACUACACCUGCAGAUCUGGAUAGCAAAGAUACAUUUGGGAUAAAGACUACGGAAUCAAAUUUAAACAAAGGUAAAAUUCAAACAAAACACAAGCAACCGUCGAAAACUGAUCAACAGCAAAGAUAUAUCUGAACAGCAAUCUCACCAUUUAAAGACAACCUUGAAAUGGAAAAAAUCUGAAUCCAUUACUUCGGAAACACCAACAGCUUUCGGUAGCCGAAAUAAGAUUCAAAGAAAGACCCAUGAAUCAAAGUCGUAUACAACGGAAAAUAAAAAUGAAGCAGACAUUAAGAGAUCGUCGUCACCAGCUUUUGUUGACAAAGAAAAGUCCAAAACAAAAACUGACCCAUCAAAGAAUAUAUCAAAAGAAAGUAACUGUUCACCAAGUCUUACACCGAAGAGUAUAAAAGAAAUUGACGAUAAAGAAACACAAAAGAUUCGAGCAAAAGCAAAACUGAAUGAUACUGAACGUACCUCUAUAACUACUCACAAGCAGAAGAUAUCAGUGAUGAAAGAUAAAAGUGUUACACCCAGUUCAGUGUCACAUCUCUUGACUAAUAAGACAAGCGAUGUGGAUACAUCAAAACUGGCGGGUGAAUGUAACACGCAAAAAGCACCUUAUCUGACCACAAGCAGUCCUUCACCUGCACAGUUCCAGCAAAGCAUGUCUAUUUCUAAAUCGCCUGUAACAAAGGAAAAUCAAAUCACUUCAAAAGGAAAUGACACUAUAAAAGUUCCACGAGAUGGAUUAUCGAUUAACUCGAAAAACAAUGAACUUCCUUUAAAAAAACAAAGAUCGAAUACAAGGUUAGAGAAUAGUUCAAUGCAAACAGAAAUCAAAACUUCAAAAGACUUCAAACAGUCGUUUUUACAAAGAAAAGCAUGGGUUAAGAGUGAAACAGAUUUGAAAACAGAAACAACCGUGAAGCGGAAUGAAACAUCUCAGAAGUGUAUGAUCCAUGAAACAAAGACAUAUUUUGAUGAGAACAGUCAAGACAAAUCACCGGAAAGAGACAGAGCCGCUGAAAGCGGACGUAGAGGCAAUGAAGUUCCAAAGACAGUGAUUAAAAAAGUUGAAAAUUAUGAAAUUCUCCAUAAGAUAUCAACACCAGAAAAAGGAGAAAAUGAAUCUGGAGGAUUUCAAAACAAUCUAAUAGGAGAAAAUAGAAUCGUAAAGACAGAUUCUGGUGAAAAUGCUGACCUAUCCAAUCAAGAAAUUAAACUAGAGGAUAUAGGAUGCAACAUAGUAGAGUCAGGAGUGUGUCACUAAAGAAAGAUGUACCUACAGCUUUCAAUUUAGAGGCAUCAAACAAAACCGCAGAAACAACGUCAAGACCGUCAAGUGUCGAGGUUGUCGAUAAAUGCCGAGAUGAUGGAAACUCGAGGAACAUUAAUACUAAGAGGUCAGAAAGCAGCGCAGACAAGAAUUACAAGAAAAAUGGAAUGCCAACAGACUUUGAUGACUUCACUGGUCACAAUAAACAUUUUUCACCAAAUGCAAAAAUCGACAAUUUUUCAGAGAGAGAUGAAAAACAGAACAGCAACAAAAAUACAUUUAAAAGCCAAACAAAUGAAAAACGUCCAAAGCUCUUUAGUUUUCAAAAAAUAUCACCGUCUGAUAAAAAGGCACUCUUCAACGGGCAAAAGGAGUCACGUAUUGAUGAGCAUGCCUUUUUGAAAUCAAAACCGGUGUCACAAGGAAGUUCAUCGAUCCAAAGUACUGUCGAAAUUGGCGGAGCUCGUUUAAAAACUAAAAGUAAUUUACAGCUGCAAAACUACGCUAAAGGUCCAUGUCAAAGAAAACAAUCAGAAACUGCAGAUAUUACUCCUGCAGUUAUAGAGAUGGCAUUUCUCAAAGAUCUGAUGUACAAAGAAUCAAGCAUUAUAGUAGAUGAACUAUUAAAUAAUCGCCAAUUUCUCGAUUACUACAUAGAUAUGGCGACAAAAGAUGAAAAUGCCAUUGAUUUAUUUCUACAGGUUUUAUCGAAAGCCUUUGAAACACACGAUUUAAAGAUAAUACUUCAACUUUUUGAAUACUUGAAGACUAAGGGACUAUUCGACAAAAUUAUUGACUGUCUUUUGCAUGUGAUAAUUCAAAUUAAAACUAAAGAAACUGCUGGAACAUACAUUCAAAGAAUUUUGGAAAAUAUACUUAUAAUACAAAUAGCUCAUCUUACCAGGAAUCCGUCUUCCUAUAGGACAUUUCGAAAGCUGCAAGCGGUCAUUUGCCAAGUUAUCGAAGAACUUGCUAACAUCGGAAGCUGUAAUGACGAGGUUUAUGCAAAAUAUGAGCGUCUGUCUGAAUACAUGAGGGCUAUAGAGAAAGACAGGAAACAAACGUUCAAGUCAGAAGAAAAGAGAGAACCCCCUGAUGACUUUCGACAUUACCCAACCUCUCCAACUAUUGACGAAAUCACAAGUGUAACGAAACCAUUUCUAAGGCCUGUUAAGGUAACUGGCAGCUAUGAAAACCUACAUGAUUAUCUAGAUGUUCAUUUCAGAUUAUUAAGAGAAGAUUUUGUAGGUCCGCUGAGGGAUGGUAUAACCGGGUUAAUUAAAAUCAUGUCAGCUUAUAAAGGCAAAGCAACUACAAGUGAACGCCUAAAGGAACUUGAUAUGAAAAUUUAUGAAAAUGUUAGAGUCCUUUCACCAGUCGUGACACAGCAAGGGCUCUGUUACAAGAUGAAACUUCAAAUGACUCCUAAUCUUAGGAACAUUGAAUGGAAGUUUAGUAAGCGUUUGAUAUAUGGGUCAAUGGUUUGCCUUACAGACAAAGACUUCACGGAGUUCUUUUUGGCAACGGUUGUUGAAAGGGAGGAUAAAGAUAUUCGGCGUGGCUAUUUUGUUGUUCAUUUCGAAACACAGAAUAUUGACAUGAAGAAACUUCACAGAAAAAUGUUCAUAAUGGCUGAAACUAGCGGAUAUUUUGAGGCAUAUCGACAUGUCCUUUCUAGUCUUAAAACGUGCAAAGACGGGGAUCUUCCUUUUGAAAAAUACAUCGUUAACUGUAAAGAAUCGAUUGGGUAUCCAGCGUACUUGAAUCAAAACCAUAAGUACGACUUGAGGCCACUAGUAGACCAAGAUGUGAAGCUUAAAGCAAAAAGGCGUCUCAUUAAAAACAAAGUAUUAGCUGUAUCAAAUGAUAUUGAGUUUUCCCUCCAGUCUUACCCAGCAGGAGAAGUACAUCUUACGCGUUUAAGAAACUGGCCUAAUAAGGAACUCCUUCGAAUGGAUGGCUCGCAAUACAGAGCUGUUCAAUCAGCUCUUACUCGAGAAUUGGCUAUCAUACAAGGUCCACCUGGAACUGGGAAAACAUAUAUAGGUUUACAAAUUGUCAAAACACUAUUACAUAACAAAUCGGUUUGGACAGAAACUGGACAGAGUAUAAAACCAAUGUUGAUUGUAUGUUACACAAACCAUGCUCUUGACCAGUUUCUUGAAGGUAUCCUUAAAUUCUACAAAGGCGAUAUCUUACGUGUAGGUGGAAGAAGUAAUAGUGCAGAUCUUGAAGAGUACAACUUAAAAGAGUACAGACAAAUAAAGUUUAAAAAGAACUCUUCGCUUGCCACUCUACAAUUUAACAAAAGAGUGUCACGUCGGAACAUGGACGCCCAAUCACGAUGUGUCCAGAACCUGGCUAAAAGAAUUCAACUUUUUCAGUCCGAAAUUGUGAACGAGGACACUCUCUCUAAAGAAAUAGGGGAUCGAUUAUUUAAAAGUUUAAAAGCUGACUUCAAAGGUAAUGUUAAACAGGCCAAUUUUUCAUACAUUGUAAAAUGGUUAGGAGUCGAAUAUAUGAAAAAAGAAUGUGUAAAGGAAUUAAGAAAAGCUCGAAACGUACGUAAAGUAAAACAUGUAAGAGUGGAAGAUGAAAUAGCACGCACUUUGCAAGAAAGAAUGUUAGAUUUUGAUGCAGAUACAAAUUUUUCAUCAAUUGAAGGAUUGAUUGUUCGUAAAAUACGCAAUGACGAUAUAGCAUUUUAUGUAGAAGAAUCCAAAGGUAAAACUCGUCGUAGGAAAAAUGAACCCUCUAAAGAACAAGAACUUGAUAAAUUGUUUAAUAAAACAUUUAAGACAACUUUGAUGGCAAAAAUUACGGACGAAGAUGUCAUGAGCCAGGAAGAGGCCGACACUAUACAAAACGUUUGGCGACUUAACCACAAGACAAAGUGGAGGUUAUAUCGGUUAUGGAUUAAGAAGAAAUGCACAGCAUUGUAUGAGAAAAUUGAGGAGGAAAAAGCAAACUUUGAGGCAACAUCUGAAAGUUAUCGUGAUGCAUUACAACAAGUUGACAAGGCAAUUAUGCAAAAGGCUGUUGUCAUUGGUAUGACAACCUCAGGAGCAGCAAGAUACCAGUCAGUUCUCCGAGAAAUUGGUCCAAAAAUUAUAGUUGUAGAAGAAGCGGCAGAAGUGUUGGAAGCGCACAUCAUAACUACUCUGAGCAACAAAUGUGAACAUUUGAUUCUCAUUGGGGAUCACAAGCAACUUAGACCAAACCCCACUGUUUAUGAAUUAGUUGUAAAGUACAAUUUCGAUAUUUCGCUGUUUGAACGAAUGGUUAAAAAUGGUAUAGAAUUCAACUGUCUCGAACUUCAACACAGAAUGAGACCAGAAAUAUCCAGCAUCAUGAGACAUAUUUAUCCAGACCUUAAGGAUCAUGAACAUGUCAGAUCCUAUCCAAAUGUGAAAGGUGUUUCGACAAAUCUAUUUCUUGUCAAUCAUUCGCAUAUGGAAAUAUGCAGCAAUGAAAUUAAAAGUUAUUCCAAUCCAAAGGAAGCUGAGUACGCAGUUGCUUUAUGUAGAUACUUAUUGCUGCAGGGUUAUAAAAAAGAUGAAAUCACUAUUCUAACAACAUACUCAGGACAGCUUAUGUACUUUCGCAACUUAAUGUCUGAGGAAGAAUUUGACGGCGUUCAUGUAACUGUAGUUGAUAAUUACCAAGGCGAAGAAAACCAAAUAGUAAUACUUUCAUUGGUCCGCAGCAAUAAAAAUGCAAAAAUUGGGUUUCUUAAAACCGAAAAUCGAAUAUGUGUUGCACUUUCCCGAGCAAAAGUUGGGUUAUUUAUCAUCGCAAACUUUGAUCAUCUGUCAUCACAUUCAUCAUUGUGGGAGAGAAUCACUGUAGAUAUGAAAAACAAGAACCAUUUCGGAGAAGGUCUUGUCUUGUAUUGUCAAAAUCAUCCUAAUGAUGAUCCUAUUGUGGCAAUAAAAGCCGAAGAUUUCCAGAAAGCUCCGGAGGGAGGUUGCUUUAAAAAGUGCGACACUCGUUUAAAAUGCGGUCACAAAUGUGUCCUUUACUGCCAUGUCAUCGAUAAGGAACAUAAUGAAAUUAAGUGCAAGAAACCUUGCACCAAAAUAUUAUGUGACUUAGGACACAAGUGCCCAGACAAAUGUUUCAUUGAGUGUUCUCCUUGCCAAGUUUUGGUGACAAAAAUUAUUCCAGAAUGUGGUCAUACACAGCUUGUACCAUGUGCCACAAAACCUGAAGAUUAUUGUUGUCAAGAAACCUGUAGUAAAUUUUUAGAAUGCAGUCAUAUGUGCAAGGAAAAAUGUGGAGAGGAACAUACCACUGAAUGCCAUGAAAAAGUACAAUUCAUAUGGCCUUGUGGACAUAGCUAUGAAAUUAAAUGUUUGGAAACUAAAACAAAGGCAUGUCCACAACCCUGUGGCUUACAGCUGAAGUGUAAACAUACAUGUAGUGGUACAUGUGCUUCUUGCUUUAAUGGUAGAAUGCAUCAGCAAUGCAGGCAUGGAUGUUCUGUCACACAUCCUUGUGGUCACAAGUCGUCAGCACUUUGUCAGCAUAACCCACUAUGUUCUGAGCCAUGUGAAAACAGAUGUAGUCACAAAAAAUGCAGGAAAAAGUGUGGAGAGGUGUGUACGCCCUGUAUGUUGCCCUGUUCUUGGAAAUGUAUCCAUAAACGUUGCACUAGACGAUGUGGAGAAAUAUGCAAUAGAAAUGCUUGCAAUUUUCCAUGCGGAAAAAAUUUAAAGUGUAAUCAUAAAUGUAUCGGUCUUUGUGGAGAGCCAUGUCCAAGCAUUUGUAGACAUUGUAACUAUAUAAAGUUUAAGGCUAUGACAUUUGGUAAAAAACAAAAACAAAAUGCUCAUUAUGUUUUACUCGAACAAUGUGGUCAUUUAAUUGAAUACCAGGCAAUGGAUACUAUGGUGAAGAAACAGACAAAAUCAAAAGAAAUACGUUGUCCAAAAUGUACUACGAUCAUUAAACACUGCUUGCGGUAUGGCAACAUCAUCAAAACGUUUUUGAGUACUAUUGAGAGUUCUAAGAAAAUUGCCAUAGGAAACCUUCAUUUGCGGUAUAGACUUUCAGGCAGUAUAACUGAUAUUCCAGAAGAGAGUGAAUCUGAUUCUAGAAUAUAUGCAGAAAUAAAGCAAGGCACUAUAAGCGAAGACGUUGCAAGAACGAAAUACACUUCUCAUUUCUACAAGCUUUUUUGUAAAAAAGAAUUAGGAAAAAGAUUAGAUUCUUUAACAGGGGUACUAAUCACAGAAAGGCAACUUCUGACUAUAGAAAAGCAGUGGAAAAUUUGCAUCAACGUCAGUAAUCUAAUACAGCGCAUUAACGACACGGAACAUGACUUGCGUGACUCAGAAAAGGGCAACAAUUUUGUCUCGUUUCUACAUAAACUUAUUACGAUCGUUGUUCAACCUAGAAGUGUCCUGACUGAUCAAGAAAAUGAAGACAUCGAUAGAGAAAUACGAAGAGGGAAGACGUAUCUGAAAUUUCUGAAAAUAGAUAUGUCAGCUAUCCCCAUGUCCGUGGCUGCAAAGAUACGAGAAAAUUUCAUAGCAAUUGAGACAGUCUUGUUGGGAUCUACACUAUAUACGGAUGAACUAGAUAGCAAUGUUAAUAAAAGCAUUGGCUGCCUCAGUGCUGAAAUAGAAAUGUAUAAUCAAUAGAAGAUAAUUAGAAAGUAUACCAAGAAGAGAGGCGGAAAGUAUGGAAGGCAGUGAUAUCAAUCCAGCUAAUAUGAAAAGUACGAAAACGUAUCCACUAGGAAAUAAACUAAAUAUUUAAAGCAUAUAUACCUUUAUAUUGAUUAUUAAUAAACUUUUAUUGGUUUCUUUAGUGUGUAUAUUUUUCUAUAAUUGUUUAAAGCACUAAAUAAGAUUUGGUCACAACCGGCCGAUCUUCUUUUGUAUUUUUGUACAGGUAUUUAAUACAAUUUAAGUAUGUUUUAUAUAUUAUAUGUACAAUCAUUUAUGCCACCGGGAUAUUUUAGAUUAUUUUUCAUUGUUAUUAAUGAUAAAAAUAUAGAGCAUAUCAAAACAAGUUUUAAUACAUGUAUUAUAUUUAUUUUGUUUAAUUUUGACAAUUUCUUUUGAUUACUCUCAUAUUUAAUUGGAUACACUUUUGCACGUGUAAUUUUUGCACACUAAUGCAUUAAUUGUUUAGAAUUACACAUACAAUUUUACAUGUUUCUUUUUUACUUGAAAUUAAUGAACUGUUUAUAAGAGAAAAUGCUAUUUAAGUACAUCAUUGAGAUAUAUUGGCCAUGAGUUUUUUUUACCAUGAUACAAUGUACAGUCACGUAAAAGUAAUCGAUAUUUUAUACAAGCACUAAAAAUGAACUAGCCAUUGUGUUAAAACAUUGUUUUAUUAUUCUAUUUUAUUUUGUAAGUCACUUCAACUAAAAGUUAUUAUUACGGAAAUGAGUGUAGUGUACAGACAAUAUUAGCGAGGAAGAUAUAUUAACAUUAUAUUGAUGUGAUAAUAUUUUUGUAAGUUAAAGGGUUUUUAACUGAGGUUUUUGACAUGCAGGGACUGGAAAAUUUUUUUUGGAGAUUUUCGUUCCUCUAGACCAUUCACUUGUGUGCUAAAUUUCAGAUCAUUCGCUUUCAAUGAUUUUCUAAAAUAGUUAUUUUAAUUGUUUAAAAUAACCGACAACUGAAUUGAUGCAACACUUCACUUAAAUCGGGCUAAGAAUAGCACAAAAAUCGGUUUUUAGUAGAUUUUUUUUCAUUAUUGUUUUGCAUAUUUUUCUGUUUUAAGUGUGCCUCAGUUGAUCUGGGUAAGGAAUUAUGAUUUUUUAGACUUUUGGAUUUCAGUGGAGUUCCUUUAAUAAUCUCCCAUUUGAUGCAGACGACAUGUCUAUCUUUUUUGAAUCCUUCAUAAUCAUAUAUAUCAUAAAGGAAUACAUAGGAUUUAAUAAAACUAUUUUCAUUUUGUUUUUGAAUUUUUGAUGUUUUUUCACAUAUAUCUUCAUAUAUAAGGCUAUAUCUUCAGUAAAUAAGCUGGUCGUAAAAGUUUCGUGUACAUGUAUCUUACACAUUAUUAUCAUGUACUUGAAGCUAUUAAUAUUCAUUUCCUGAAAACGAAAACUGUGCAUGCAUUUCUGGACACCAUCCAAUAUUAUUAAAGAUUAUUGUCGAUAAGGAAAUAUAUCUCAACAAACUUUUGUCCAUAUAUUGAUUGAGCUUUUUUCGAAAAUCAGAAAUGGGAAAAAUCGUGAUAUUUGUUUUAUUUAUUGGCAUCUUUCCAGCAAUGUUCAUUUAUUUUUUUUAUUUUGUCACACUGGGUCAGGUUUUAUUGAUCAUAAGACAAGCGCAUGUUAUUCACUUUAAAUAGGACACACCCGUAUUUUCAACUUAAAAAUUUGACGGCAAACUUUUAAAUAUUACAUUUCUAAAAGUUCACUUGAUAUCGAUAAGUUUUUAUAGCUAUAUAUCUUGAAUAUUUGUAACAUGUAUAAUGUAGUUAUCUCCUUCGAAAAAUGUUAACAAUGUUUAGAUUACUGUAACAUUGGUACUCGAGAUAGACGAUACUGAAUUUAUUGAACGAGAUAAUAUUGUAUUGUUUUAUUCAUCGAGUUUAAUAAUGUCAAGUUUACAGGUCAAAAAUACAAGUACAAUGAGGACACUGAGGUAGCAAUGUUUACAUCUCAAAAUAUUUGUAAUACAAAGUUUCAUGAUGGUGCAAAGGUAGUGUUUUUCUACGACAAAGUUCGAGUUUACAAGAGAAUAUUCUGGUAUAAACGACACAAAGCUUGAUUUUUAUGAUAAAUAGGUAAAUGUAAAAAAACUAGAGUUUAUGAGCAGAACUUUUAAUUACAUGUCAUAGAGGUCAAGGUUAUAUUAACUUACAUGUCACAAAGGUCAAGGUUAUAUAUACUUAAAUGUCAUACAGGUCAUGAUAAUAUAACAUAGAAGUCUAGUAUUUGAUGUGUAUUUUGUAUGUCAGAAAACUGUAAAUAUGUUAAGCUGCAACAUAGGAAAGGGACCAUUAUUUGUUUACAUUUCUAUAACAUACAUUUUAUGAAGAUUUUAUGUUAUAAACAAUAUGUUUUCAAAUGGAUUAUCAGUUAAAUAUCAGUUAAAAUAAAAUUUUAUUGAUAAAAUGAAAAUGCCAUGUAAAUAACUAUCCUUUGUUAAGUAUGCCGUAAAUUAAAAUUUAUUACAUC